UCGUAUUCCAUAAUUAUUCCGGUCAAGUAGUAAUAUAGUCAAAAGAUGUCGAAUUUAAAAUCGGUCGCCAAUAAAUAAUUUGGUUUUCAAGAUUAUUUAACGAACAUUAUCAUAACAAUAUAGCACUUAUGUACUGGACAUAAAGACUAUUAUUGCAUAUGCUUUUCCACAUUGUGUGGUCAACCGUUGUAAUUCUUGUAUGUUCGGACUUGCAUUUUUUCUCCUUACACGUAAUAGUAUACAAAUAGAACAAUAUCGUAUCUAUUAGGAAUUGUUAACAAUUGGGUGCACUAUAAAAGUGCAUGCGUUUAGUAGAAAGUAUUAUUUACUUGAUUAAGUUGCAUCGAACAGUAUCUUGCAACUAAUAAAAUGUCUCUAUUUACGAUUCUCUUUGUCAUCACGGCAGCGUGUGAUGUGCUUGGAGAAGGGGGAAGAAGGAGAGGCCCCGCGGCAGUUCCAGCUGAUUCAACGGGCGCACAGAGUGGUGGUACUUCUAUUAUAGUGACCUCUGGUUCAAAUGACGGAUACAAUCUUGGUUCGGCUGCAGCUGCUAUUUCAGGCGGUCAGGGAUACCAAGUUACUGGAGCAGCACUCGAAGCCGCACCAGUCCUAGGCAAUGUUGCAGGCAGUAGUGCCCCUUUGAAUAAUGCCGCUGCUGUCGGUGCUGCUCAACUCAGUGCUAUCCAGAACGCUCAGGCUGUCCAAGUGGCUCAAAUAGCGAACGCUGCAGCUGCCGCCAUUCAAGGAGCACGUGUCGCUGAAGUUGCCGCUAGAGCCGGACAAGCUAACGCUCUUCAGAACGCUCAAGCCUUUGAUGCUACUAGAAUCGCUAAUGUACAAAGAGCACGUGCUGCUGCUUAUGAGAACGCUCGUGCAGCGGAAGCUGCGAGACGUGCUGCCGCCGCUGCAGCAGCUGAGGUUGCCCGAGCGGUUGAAGCGGAACGCAUCGCCAAUGCUGCACGUGUUCAAGCUGUUGCUAUCGCCAACGCUCGUGCUAUAGAGGCUUCUCGUAUUGCAAAUGCCGCAAGAGCUCAAGCUGCUGCCGUCGCUACAAGCGCUGCUCAAGCCCAGGCUGUCGCUGAAGCAGUGGCAAGAAAUACUCAAGAUGGAACUCUAUUACUUGGAGCUGCAGGUGGUCUAGCUAAUAAUGUGGCGCCAGUAGCUGUUGGUGGAGGAUACUCAUACGGUGGUCUGGGAGGUGGUUGGAAUGGAUAUGCUGGAAAAGGUCGUAAAUAAAUCUAGCGAGUGAAAGAAUUUGGAACUAAAACUAAUGAAGAUAAGGCCUCUAAGCUGUAUAUCGAUGUUGUACCGUUUCACUGUAUUCAAACAAAAAUGGCGUGCCGUAUAAUAGAUUAUAGUGUAUUGUAAAUAGUAUAGUUAUAGAUAGUAAAGAAACUUAUGUGCCGUAAUAGUAUCUUUUGUUUUUCCUAAGAUUAAAAGUACUUAAAAACAUUA